AAAUAGACAUUUGGAAGACAGGCAAGGCUAUCUUUCAUUUUGGUGCGUGCUUAAACAGAAAAAUGGAAGUGUUAUCAUUUUUGUUGCCCAUGUGGGAAGAGCUACAAAGAAGCAAACACUUUGCUAAUUACUUCAUUUCUCUCCUCUUCCUCCUUUUACUUCUCUUCAUUUCACUUCGCUUCACAUUUUCUCUGACUAGAUCACCAAAAACCAAACUCAAACGGCCUCCAUCUCCACCAAAGCUUCCCAUUAUUGGAAACCUUCACCAGCUAGGCAAGCUUCCACACCGAUCUCUCCAAGCACUCUCUAAGAAAUAUGGUCCACUAAUGCACUUAGACUUGGGCUAUACUCCAACUCUUGUGGUUUCCUCUGCCGGUAUGCUUAAAGAAAUAACCAAGAACCAUGAUAUCGCUUUCUCCGACCGGCCCAAAUCCAUGGCUGCUGAUAUUUUCUUUUAUGGAUGUUUGGAUGUUGCUUUUACACCAUACAGUGAGUACUGGAGGCAAGCUAGGAAAUUUUUUGUUCUUGAACUUCUGAGCCUGAAAAGAGCACUAUCUUUCGGAUUUGUCAAGGAAGAAGAAACUGCAGGAUUAGUUCGUAAGCUACGCGAUGCAAGCUCGAGAGGGCUUGCAGUGAACUUAAGCCAGAUGCUGAUUGCAACUUCGAAUAAUGUAAUUUCGAGAUGCAUUCUCGGACAGAAAUACGAAGAAGACGAGACUACAACCAGGUUUGGAGAGCUCUCCAAAAGGGCUAUGAGCCAGUUUACAGCUUUCAACUUCAGAGAUUUCUUCCCUUAUUUGAGUUGGAUGGACGUAGUUACAGGAUUGGUUUCAAGCCUCCAUGCAACUUUCAGAGAAUUAGACCCUUUUCUUGAAAAGGUAAUUGAAGAUCAUAAGGCUGCUUUAAGUGAUAAGGAUGAACAAUCCUCUGAUAACAAAAAGGACAUUGUUGAUAUUCUCCUCCAGCUUCAAAUAGAUGGUGGUCUUGACAUGGAACUCACUAAUGUCAACCUCAAAGCCAUUUUGCUGGACCUGUUUGUGGCAGGAAGUGACACGAUCUCAGCGACAAUGGAAUGGACAAUGGCAGAGCUCAUGAGAAACAAAAGUAUGAUGAAGAGAGCACAAGAAGAGGUGAGAAGGGUGGUCGGGAAAAAAUCAAGCAUAGAUGUGAGCGAUAUUAAUCAAAUGAAUUAUUUAAAAUGUGUAAUCAAAGAAACGCUAAGGCUACAUCCAGCAGCUGUGAUAAUUUUUAGAGAAACAACGGAAAGUGUGAAAUUGGGAGGCUAUGAUAUUGCUCCUAAAACCAGAGUUAUUUAUAAUGUAUGGGCAGUCCAAAGGGAUCCAAAUUUUUGGGAUAGAGCAGAAGAGUUUGUCCCUGAGAGAUUUGAGAAUAGCCAAGUUGAUUUCAGAGGCCAAGAUUUUCAACUGGUACCAUUCGGUGUUGGAAGAAGAGGAUGCCCUGGUGUGACAUUUGCGAUGUUCGUGGUUGAGUACGUGAUAGCCAACCUCUUAUAUUGGUUUGAUUGGAAGCUGCCUGAUGAGAAUAAUGAAACACCAAAGAACUUGGACAUGGAUGAAACUGUAGGGCUCACUAAGCAUAGGAAAAACCCUCUUGUUGUAGUACCAAUCCCGAUUACCUAAUGAUGUCCAUGACUUUUGCACUUGGGGAUUAUGGGGUAUUUAAAUUUCCCUAGCUAUGUAUUAGUAUGUUGUACGAAUAAAAAGAGGAUCGGAAUCUUCUGUUCCUUUUUCUGUUCCCA